AUGCCGUACGAAGGAUCGAAGCUGAGUCCGGCAAUACCCGACAACGUAACUAUAUGGACAUGGUUAUUCGAAACCACACACACAUCCCCUGGGGUCAAGCCAUCAGGAGGCUUUCGCGACGCGUCGACCGACCAAUUCCUCUCCUUCGAUGAUAUUCGACGCCUGGCAGUUCGACUGUCUAACAUAUUGUACCACAAAUACGGCCUGCGCGCAGGAGAUGGCAUUUGCGUAUUCGCGUCGAACACGAUAUGGUACCCUGUCACGAUGUUUGCGGCGGUUCGGCUGGGGGUGGUCUUCACGGGUUCUUCACCGGAAUAUGGUCCGGACGAGGCCGGCUAUAUCAUGAAGGCGUCGAGAGCCAAGCUGGUAUUCGCGGAUCAAGGCUCACUCAAAGCGGUCGCCCAAGGUUUUGACAGGGAACGAAUUGUCCUUCUCGAACCUGCCCGGUCACAGUUACAGGAUUUUGGCACUUUACCUUCGGUCAAGGGACUACUCGAAGAGGGAGACGUGGGUGGAGCUGUGGCGCCUUUCACAAUUCCUCGCGGAAGCAAAAACGACCAAAUCUGCGCGUACUUGAGUUUCACCUCUGGCACGACGAGUCGGCCCAAGGGCGUCAUGAUAUCCCACAAAAAUGUGAUUGCCCAGAUCCUGCAAAUGAAGUCGCUUGGUCGGCAGGAUCUUCCAAGAGUUUUGCUGGGAGUUCUGCCACUGUUUCACAUCACCGGACUCGUCCAGAUCUUGCAGCUGCCGAUUGUGCUCGAUCAAGAAGUCGUCUUGAUGCCAAAGUUUGACAUGAAAGGCAUGAUGGACACGAUUGCCAAAUACAAAUGCGAUGAAUUGUGGCUUGUUCCACCCCUUCUAAUCAGGCUGGUCAACGAUCCCAUCGCAGCUGGACAUGACUUGCCCUUGGUCAAGCAGUUCAACACUGGGGCCGCGCCCCUGGCCCAGGAGAUCGUAGACAAACUUGCGAAGCGAUUCCCGCACAUUGCGAUACGACAGGCAUGGGGAAUGACCGAAAGCACGAGCGCUCUUACUCUAACACCACCCGUACUGCAAACUUAUGAGAAUGCUCACACCGUAGGCGCCGUCGUCCCGGAAACGGUGCUGAAAAUUGUCGACCCAGACACCGGAAAGGAGGUCAAAGAGGGCGACAGCGGAGAGAUCUGGGCAAAAGGCCCUCAGGUAACCAUGGGUUACCUUGACAACCCAAGCGCCACGUCGGAGACAUUUGACCAAGAAGGAUUUCUCCACACGGGUGAUAUAGGCUCCAUGCUUCCGAAUGGUCUGCUUCUAGUUCAAGACAGGCUAAAAGAAAUGAUCAAGGUUAAAGGAGUAGGAGUGGCUCCAGCAGAACUGGAGGAUCUCUUACUUGGCCAUCCGCUCGUCGUGGACGUUGCUGUCAUUGGUAUUCCCGAUCCGUACUCGGGGGAAUUGCCCAAGGCAUUCGUCGUGCUCAGCGAAAAGGCGAAGCCUGAGCCUCAGACCGCACGAGAAUUGCAAGAAUUUGUGCGCCAAAAGAAAAGCCGGAGCAAGUGGCUGGGGGGUGGUGUAGAGUUCGUCGACCAGGUUCCCAAGAGUGCUUCCGGCAAGAUUCUACGGCGAAUGUUGAGAGAUCAGGAAAGAGCGCGUGCGAAGUCAUCUACUGUCAGAAGUCGGUUGUAA